AAGGAAGAGUGUACAGAUGAGGUCAACAAAAUAGGAAAGCGAAUAACUACUGAAGUAUUUGAAACAAAAUUGAGCUCAGUCUUAAUUCUUCUAUAAAGUCCAGUUAAGAUUUUUAAUUUUGGUAAUCUAAAAAGCUUGAACUGGACUUGGUAUCCUUGAAUAUAAAAUUAUAUAAAAAGCAUAUUUGCUCACUACAAUCAGGGAUCUUUCUGCCUGAACUAUCACCACUAUUCUAUUGACCUCAACUAUAUCGAUUCCCUCAAAUGUCGGACCUCUCUUGGUCGCAUCCCGAACUAGUGUUAGCUUAGUGUACGCCUCCUUCGUGUUAAGAACGAAAAACGUAAGUCAUGACCCCUUACAAGUAAGGCUUUAAUAAUUUAUUAACCAAUUCAAAGCACACAAAAUAGAAAAGAAAAACAUAAUAACAACAAGUAAAUAAAUGUGAAAUGAGAAAUAAAAGUUAAUUUCAAUCGAACUGAAAGAGUUCCUAAGGUCAGUUGGCCAAUUUUCGGGUUUCUAUUUUUGGGGGCUAGGCAUUAUUACCGCAUAAUGCUAAGUGGGAUAUUAACCCCGAACAUCCGUGACGUCACGAAUAACACGCCACAUGGAGGACCGUCAACCAAAUUAGCUAAUUUCUCAUGGAAAUGUGUGUGGUCACCACCCACGCUCCCCCGGGAAACUAACUCCACCACACACACAUGCCGACUCUAUAUACAGGGUACUCCGUUCGGCAGUCCGCUUAUCCUAUCCUUAUCAAUCAUUGCCCAAUUUAUCGACUUAAUGAGAAUUUUUAAUGCUUAUCCAGAAAUCAAAGUUGGCAGCCACAUGAGCUGAACUUCGGAUGCCGCCCCCAAACCAUGGGCACCUCCUCCUCUAGUCUCUAGCCGCAUUAUUGUUGUGGCCAUCCGCUGCUGAUAUGGCGACCGUGCCUCGGCCGUUCGGUACCGACUUUCUGGCUGGGUCAGUCAGUUGUUCCGUGCCAGCCGUCGGGCGACAACAAUGACCACUCGACGACGCAGCCAACGUGACGGCAUUUAUCGAUUUUUGUCACCCCCCGUGGAGCGCUAGCUAGCUCCCAGUCAAGGAAAAGUUCCAGCUUGCAGACCCAUCGCUGGGUCGGACAUCUACGGCCUUCACAUGAGCAUGCUGGGAUUUGUGUACCUGGUUCUAAUCCUGGGCUGGAUACUGAUCGUCUUGUUCCUUAAGUGCAAAAAGUCCUUGGCCGCUCCAUUUCGAUUUGGCGAGAACUACACUGAUGCCAUUGCCGAUACGGGUAGGGUGCACCAAUGUCCGUUUUCUGUUUCUUUUCGGAACAAUUUUAUACGAUUUUUUUAUACCAGACCAGUUAAAGACUCCAGAAAUCUUAUAAAAACUAUAAUUUUUAUAAUAAUUUUCGCAGACCGACGUCCCUCGGUGCAUGUAAUCCAACUGCAGCACGAUGAUGUGGAGCGGGAGGAUCACUAUCUGGACAGUUUUCACCAGAACACGGAAAAUCUGCAGCGGUACUCUCAUCGCUCGCAACGCUCCACCCUGGAGGAGCGUACCGUUGAGCGGACCUAUCCCACGGAUGCGGUGAUAAAUCCAGCCUAUAUGCACGACGAGGAUUAUGUGAUCAAUGCCCCACCACCAUCCUACGAGGAGGUAAUGCGUCAGCCACAGGUGUACCCACAAGUGCGACACAACAAUCACAAGAUCAGUGAUGCUAACAUUUAGAUAUAUCCCAGAUAUAUCUGCCACCAACUUGUAUAU